GCGGAAUGAUUCGUCCAAGGUACUCGGCGCUGGUGCAGUAAAGUUGAGUGUGGCGAGACUGAGACGAUUCAUCCUGUGGCGAAGACAAGAAGAGGUGAUAUUCAAGUUUUUUUUUAAAUUACUUUCUUUGGUAAAACAGAGCAGAAUUCUUCGAGCCAGGCCGAGACAGGGACUCUCGUGAAACAUGGCUGCUCUUUCAGCCUGGUUUUGGAACGAAAGGUUUUGGCUGCCACACAACGUAACCUGGGCGGAUCUGGAGGACCCAGCGCCCGGGGUGGAGUAUCCUAAAGUUGGGCACUUGUUUACAGCCUUCCCGCUUGCACUGGGAAUCUUCGCUUUCAGGAUAUUCUUUGAGAGAUUUAUCGCCAGCACCUGUGCCCGGAGUCUCCAUCUUCAACCAGAUGUGGUGAGAAAAGCUCAGCCCAAUGCAGUUCUGGAGAAGGUUUUCACAUCCAUCACAAAGUGUCCAGACACCCGUCACCUGGACGGCCUGUCCAAGCAGCUGGACUGGGAGGUGAGAAAAGUCCAGCGCUGGUUCAGACACCGGAGGAACCAGGACAAACCCAGUACACACACUAAGUUCUGCGAAAGCAUGUGGAGGUUUACAUUUUACUUGGGCAUAUUUAUCUAUGGGAUCCGUUUCCUUUGGCAGUCCCCCUGGUUCUGGGAUACACGGCAUUGCUGGUAUGGUUACCCUUAUCAGGUCAUGACCCCGGGCCUUUACCACUACUAUGUGACAGAAUUGGCCUUUUACUGGUCGCUCAUGUUCUCUCAGUUCACCGACAUUAAGAGGAAGGAUUUCCUGAUCAUGUUCAUCCAUCACUUGGCCACAGUCAGCCUCAUCAGCUUCUCCUACGUGAACAACAUGGCCAGAGUAGGGAGUCUGGUGUUGUGUGUCCACGAUGCGUCCGACUCCCUGUUGGAGGCAGCUAAACUGGCCAAGUACGCCAAAUAUCAGCGUCUGUGUGACUUCCUCUUCAUCAUGUUUACCAUUGUUUUCUUCAUCACGCGACUUGUUAUUUAUCCGAUAUGGGUCAUUAACUCCACCUUUUUUGAGAGCUGGGCCAUAAUUGGACCCUUCCCGUCCUGGUGGGUCUUCAACAUCUUACUGCUGGUCCUUCAGGUGCUACACAUCAUCUGGUCCUACCUCAUCGCCGGCAUAGCUGUCAAAGCCAUGCAGCGUGGCAAGGUGGUCAAUGACGUGCGCAGCGACAUUGAGAGCAGCUCAGAAGAAGAGGCGGACACGCCCGCAGACGGUCUGAAGAAUGCUCUCUCAACGAAGGGAGAAAAUGGCACUAAUGGUCACUGUGCUGCUGCUGCUGCUAAAGGCCAAGCUCAGAACCACAGCAGCUGGUGACGUGAAACCUAAAGCCUAGCGCCCCCUGCAGUUUCUAUUCUGAGUGCGAGCUUGUGUCUACAUUCCCACACAAACACAUACACACAAGGACACCGACAGAGUGAGUGCACGUCCAGGAGGUGAACUGGUGAUGGGGUACAUGCAGAAACUCAGUGUCAUCUCUGAAGAGCCCUUAAAGACGUGCACAACUCCAGAGGUGAAACACUGAAGUAGUCAGUCAGUAGGACUGGUAAUUCUACAAAUGAUGGGAUGAUUUAGUUUGUAGAUGCAGAUGUUGGUCAGUUUAAUCGUUCUCUCCGAGUUUUAUUGGUCUGAUGAACUUUUUUUCUCUUGUUGCUAAAAGUUAAUUUACACUGGAAAACACAGGAAGGUGAACGUCAGCUGAUGCGGAUUUAAACUUCCCGAGUUUAUUGCAAUUCCUAUUUUUUCAGAACGAAAAAUCUGCGUGUUUCAGUUUCUUGUGUUCAGAGGUUCAUCCUACAUGAGAGUGAAGGCAGUAGCUGUUUCCAGCCUUUUGUGGUUUUAGUGAAUUUACCCUUUUAUCACUCAGUUUUCCUACUCUGUGACGCUGUGUUUGUUUUCUGUUUACUGUUUGUUCUUUUUUACUUUUCUGAGACCAAAUGUUUCUGAAAUUGUUUGAUGUCAUUCUAUAUUGAAUCCAGGUAUGAGAAGCACUGUAAAUGUUCUCACAUGAGUGCCUUGUAAAAACAAAAAAUAAUGUUAGAAAUAUAUUCUGUGGUUGGAAAAGAAAUUCUCUCCAGAUCUUUUACUCUCUACAAACACCGAUAUUUUGCCUCAUAAGUGCAUUUAAUAUAAACAAGCAAUUACAGCCAGCUUCUCAAUCAGUGCUUAUCAUUACACAGAUUUGAUACAUUUUUAUUUUUGGUUCAUAUUAUUAUUUCAGGUGGUUUUCUUAAAGAAAACAUAUUUGACGCAAA